UACCGCUUCCGGUUUAGUGAUUGGAUUUGUUGUGCUCUCAUUUUGUGACAUUUGAACUGUCAAUACGAUUAUGUUCGACCGAUUUACGACACAUUACAUCAUACUUGUGCCAUUGUCUGGGGGGUGGUAGAUUGAAUGUGGGGUACUUGGCAUGGGCCUGCAUAUUGCAAGGUGCGGCACAAUGGGGGAGCCAGAAGAAGUUGACACAGGGGUUUACCAUGAACGCCAAAUAAAGGAGCUGUGUGCAAUGCAUGCCUUGAACAACCUCUUCCAGCAGAAAAAUGCAUUCACCAAGAAGGACCUGGAUGAAAUUUGUACAAGGCUCUCACCUUCAAGUUUCAUCAAUCCUCAUCGAAGUUUGUUGGGACUUGGUAACUAUGAUGUAAACGUUAUCAUGGCGGCACUUCAGAGAAAAGGAUAUGACACUAUCUGGUUCGAUAAAAGAAAGACCAUCGACUGCUUGAAAAUAGAGAACAUCAUGGGCUUCAUCUUGAAUAUUCCUACAGACUAUAAGUGGGGCUUUGUGCGAUUGCCCCUUCACAGGAAACACUGGAUUUCUGUUCGGAAAGUGCAAGACCAAUACCUCAACCUGGACUCAAAGCUGGACUGUCCAGAGCUGAUUGGUGACGAGUCAGCGGUCAAGGAGUUCCUUCAGGACCAGCUGGAGGAUGGCGAUAAGGAACUCUUGCUGGUGGUGACGGAAGAUGUUGGGGACUCAGGGUCGUGGAAGACACCCUUAUAUGACCCUGUUAACAGUGUGACGGACAAGUCUUAUGGUCUACCAGCGCACACCGUGGUACACACGAACGGACCUCUGAAUUCUGUCUGUCAGGAGAAGGACAACAGACAUCAAUAGUGUUGUGAUCUUAUCAGUGUCUGUCCUUCCCAUUGCACAAACUGAGAAGCAUGUCAUUUUGAUGAGGGACUGUCACAAAAUUUAUCAAGCUACUAAUUCAAAUUGUCUUUUGCAAUAAGUGAUGCAGGAUAUGUGAAUAUGAAUCUUGUUACUUUUUUUUGUGUUUUUCAAUAUGUUGGUUAUUAAGAGUUUUUUAAGAUGUUGAUCCAGUGUUUUGGGAUAACAGGACAAUUUGAGAUGGUCCCUGAUUGUGUGUCAUGCUCGACAUGAAACUUCUAUGGGAAGAAAAUCUUCGCAAGCCUCAAGGACUUCACUGAUGCAUUCACGUCAUGCAGAUCUUUUUGGAACAGUCACAUAUUGCCAUGGCUGUAAUGCCAUGCUGCUGGUGUAUAGCACAUCAUCUUGAUACAUAGAUUCAUGAUUUUAUUUGGAAUUUGUAAAAUUUCUCUUUUAAAUGUUGUAGGGUAUUAAUGAAUUAUUGCAUUUUCAUUUAUGACAAUGAACAUGAUGAAUCAACUUUCAUUUUGGCUUCAGAUUAACUUUGAAACUCUAUGGUACUCUAUGCUGGUAUGUGUACCAAAUUUUGUCAGAAAUGAAUGUGAAUGUAAUAAUUCUGAUCUCAUUUAAACCAGAUCUUUUAUUCCGAUACAAUACCUCUCUGUGGAUCAGAGAUCCUACAUAGGAGGUCGUGUAAGGUGAACUUUCUAGUCAGCCUGUCAGUGUCAAGUCUUCUAAAUUCUCAGUAUGAUUGACCAAAGCAUUCAGAUAACAUAUCUGAUUUCUCUAUCUCAAAUAUGAUCGAGGAAAUCCUAAUGCGAAAAAAUAACACUAUGCUAUAAUACAGUUGACAUGCAUACUGCUGUUUGUGGGAGCCAAGGCGUCUACAACCAAAAGGGUUACUAUGGAGGGUAUGUUUAUGUGUUAUGGCAUUGUUCUUUGGCACAAUCAAAAUUUCUGAAUUGAGGUGAAUCUAGGCCAAAUAGUUUUAGAAAGCUAGCGUCCGAUUGGCUCACAAACCUGUGCAUCCUUUAAUUUGAUUGGACGGUCAAAGUUUGCUCUUGGUUCAGCUAACACAACCUUCUGUCGUCAUGCACAGAGGUAUCAUAUCGGAGUAAAAUAUCUGAUUUUAGCGAGAUUGUGACAAUUCAUAAUCGCCUCAACAGGUAUAUAUGUGCACAGCAUAACCACUAAAUAUUCUUGAUAUUUUUAUAUAUCAUGUUUAUGUUUAAUUCUUUGUUUAUUAUUAUUCUGAUCUUUUCUUUUGUAUGACUUCAACCUCAUUCAAAGUGUUUUCAUCAAAGAAGAAUUAUGAAUAUAUAUACUCCAAGGUUUCAAGCAACGUAAACGUACAUUAGUCUGUGUUGCCAAGUAAUCACACUGAUCGUAGAACUUACAUCAUUUACACAUGGUAACCAUGGUAACUGUAGUACCAUACAGUAUACAUCACCAAGAAAUCAUUAAUUUCAGGAAUUUGAAUAAAUACCUCAAAUUUGCCAGGCUUAACAUGCUAAGAGUGGUUUGUUUGUAUUGUGUGGAUUAGUAGGGUAAUGUAGGCUGUUGGACAUAGUGUACAUGUAUUUAUGGAUGGGUAUAUGCAAUCAUCUGCAGGGGUCUUGACAGUUGUGUUGGCUUGUCGUGUUGGCUUGUCAUGCUGGCUUGUCAUGCUGGCUUGUCAUGCUGGCUUGCCUGAGGUAGAAGUCUUGUUCUAGUCACGACUCAUGGGAUUAUCAGAGAAUUCUAUAUAUGCAGAGACUCUUUCAAGAUUUGAGAGUUGGAAAUCGUUGAGUGAGUGAACUUGGUCAAUAAUGUUGCAGUGUUCGAAAUAAGGGGAACCUGGGGUCCUUGAGGUUUGCUCUAUAGUAUUUGAAUCUCAGAUCCCAGGAAUCUUUAUUUUGAACAUUAGGCUUGUGGAAUGCAUGAUUAGCUUUCAGUAUAUGCAGGGUCUGUAAUAACUGCCUGACCACCAGCCCGUGGCUGGUAAUUUGUCUGUGAAAUUUUCUUCCUGUCAGAUAAUUUUAAGGCUACUUACAUAUUCAGUUUUAUUAUGACUCCUUGUAGAUUCUCAAGUUAUUUUUUUCAUUAUUUCAACUGAAUCAAGAUGUGAUUUUUUGUCUCUUAGUUUCUUUCGGUUUUUCAAUAUUUAUAUUGUAUGACAGCGGGCAGGGAACACUUAUGUCACCUGCCUGACAGUCUUGUUGGAUUUAAGAAUUAUUUCAAACACUGAGUGUAUGGAUUGUUGUCCAAGUUCCAUUUUAUUAAAUUCAACAACUUUAAGGAAGUGCAUUAUUUGAUGGGAAUGUGUUUUUACUAUGAAGGAGGGAAACAAAGGCUGGAUCAAAUUGUUGACUGUGGGGAUGGCAGGAGUGGAACCAACAAUAGAAAUUAGAUACAUGAAAUUGUUUCAGUGAUAAAAUUCUGUGCCAGAGAUGUCUACAAAACUGAACUUUUCUCUUGGCAUCUUUUUCUGUAGAAUGUAGCCUUAAUAUUAUUCCAGACAAUGAUUAGCCGAGAGCAAGUUUAUUCCACUGGCUCAGAAUACUGGCUUAAGCGAUACCCUUGUGUGUUUUCAUAAAUAUAAGUUAGGACUAACAGUUGUAUUAUGUAAGUGUCUGGCGAUUUGCAGCCAUGUUGGUCUACAGAAACACAAGUACACUGGGAGAGCACACCAUCUUUAGAAGCAUAUAGUUUAUUGACAAACAAGGCAUCCCAUUGAUGUAUGGAACUUGAAAGUAAUUUACUGCUAGGCGACCUCAUUUGCAUAUUUAUUGGAUGAUGAUACCAAGUUUAUCAGAUUAGUUUAUCGCAUCUAUAAUAUUAGCAUUUUAUGAUCAAGAGAUACACCAAAUGCAAAUGAGAUUCACUUGUAUGGUAUGAAGCUCGUGGCUCUCUCUAGCUUAACUUGUAACAUUAGGCUUAUGGCAAGGACCUUUGGCUUUCAUGCUUAUUUUCGAUCACUGCUUACGGCUCUUGAUUUAGUCUAUCCUAAUAAGACGUGAAGUUCCAAGCUUGGAUGAAAUUAUGGAAGAUUCUCUGAAUACUGAUUGGACAAACUACGGUACUAGAAGAAACCCCAAACAGUUGUCUUGUCACCUGUGCAAAGUGUUUUCUGGCUGUCAGUCUUGAUGCAUGUUAGACUUUAGACAAGUACAUCAUAUGUUAAUAUCUGUAUAUUUCUACAAAACACUAUUUUGAUUAACCAUGGUGAAAUUAUGAAAUUUGUUAAACCUGUUACUCUAUGUGCUUAUGUUAUGUUAUUGUCAAAACCAUUUGUACUAUGCUAUACAAAACAACAACCAUUUCUUUAGAUGUGAUCAUCUUCCCAAGGCAAGGGAGUUAAGUGAUAGUAAAAGUCCAGUUUCCACCCUUGUUGAACCAGACUGGAAUUUCCGGGCUGGAUCAUACCCCGACCAGUGACUAUUACGAGUUAUGUCCCUUCUAUGUCCACCCAUUGACCAAUCAGAUUCCACCUCUCACUUGCAUUUGCUUCAAACAAAAUGGUGGCGCCCUGUCCAGAUGACAUGAUCGAUAAUCAAGAUCUAUAUUGUAAUAAAACGGGUUUUUCUUUGUGGAGUGCAUCAAAUCAUGUGAGCACCUUGAUUUAAAAACAUGAAAAGAUUUGAAAAUAUCUGUUGAUGCUAAGUUGACAGAACACAUUCUUUGCCAAUCCUGCAAUUGACCAAAAUCUAGGCUGCAGUUGACGAACUGGGUGUUGAUUUCAUUGAUUGGACUAUGCAUAGACUCGUUAGUCCAGCUAAAAUAUGACUCCAUAAUUCUAGCCUAGUUCGGCAAGGGUUGAAACUGGAUCUUUACAGUCAGUUAACUUCCCUGUCUCGGGAAGAUGAGAUGUGGUAGGCAGCUUGUCAGAUAACUUUGUUGUCUGUUGUGCUUAUGGAGGGUUGUGAUGAUGGUACUUGCUUAGAGGUAACCAUGGCAACAUUUUGUGUCAAAAUAACAACAUUGAGUUGAACUGUUCAUCAAUUAAUUGUUGUUGUUACAAAACCUUUUUAUCAUAUCAUAAUCUUUGGAAUUAGAGUUUUUGGUACUUCAGUUCAACAAAAUAACGUAAUGCCAUAUUGGAAGCUGUUUCUACAUCCAUCAUGACCCUCGUCAUUUUAACAAUAUCAUUUUUAGAAUGAAUUUAUGGGCUAUGCUGGAAUGUGUAAGGGAGUUGAUAUGCAUUUUGUAAAUAACAGCUUGUUGUAAUGCAAUUCCGUACCACCACUUUUGUAAAAAUUGUUCAAGUUUUACCUGUACUUGUUUUGAUUCACUUUUAAUGGAAUGAUGCAAUUAAAUACUCAUGUUGGAAUAUGUGAUGUGUAUUUUGAUUGUUUUGCUUUAUUUGUUUUAUUCCCCCUAGAGUAUUGACUGGUAUGUUAACCAUUUGUAUUGAUAGUUUGAUACUGUUGCAUAGGUUGGUCUCUAUUCAGAUAUUGAUUUGUAGAAGACCAACACUCAGUUUCAUCCUCUGAUAUGUGUGUGUUUCCUCAACUCUGUCUGAAUAGCAUCUUUGAUAUGCUGGUUGAAAUAUCUUUGAAAUCCUGCCUACUGCAAAAUUGAAAAUGGAAACAAAAUUGCCGAGUGAAUACUUUAGAAUGUAGAAAAUUUGCUAUUUUACAAUAGGACAAUAAUUUCCAUACUUGAUUAUUUAAAAAUAUAAUACACAGUCAAAUGUUUCAGGAUCUUCUGGUGCAAGCAUUUGUAGAUUACUCAGUGGUAGAGUAAAGCAUUCAAGUUUUGACAUUUAUCUGGAGACACCAUUUUGUAGCUUGGAUCCCCAUUUUUUAAACCCCUUGCAAUUAAAGGCUUGUGUCUCCUGUACUUCCAAAAUAAAUAACCCAGGUAAUUCCCUGCAUAUGUUAUGAAAAAGAACUAGAUGUUGAUUUGAUAAGUUCCAAAUAGGCAUUAAAAGGGGCACAACUAACACUAUAAUGAACUCUUUUUUCAGGUGACAGUUGAGCCUAUCAACUAUUACAAAAUGUAUGAAUUAGUUUGUUUUUUUAACUUUGCCUGAUGUAUAUUUGUGAUAUGGUUAUUAGUUGAUCAGGGUUGUUAUUUGGUUCAGAUUGAGGAAAAUACACCCUUCAUUAUUGAGCAUGAUACUAAGGGCAAACGUAAAGAUGGCUUCUGAUAUCUCAAGGGUGUGUUCACAGAUAUUCAAUAUCUAAUUGGAUUGUAUUACUUUAUCAGCUUGUUAUGUAUAGUUAAAACAAUAUUGAAAUCAAUGUAAUUAGCACCCAGUCCCAAAGAACUGCCCCAGGGUGAACUACCAAGGUGGUAAAUGUCUGAGGCCUGCAUCAUGUUGACACGCCGUGAUAUAACUGAUUUAGAAAUACUGUUGAAAGCGGCGUUAAACCCAACUCACUCACUCACCAUUUCUCACUACAUCCCUAGAAAUCCAAGAAAUGUAGCCUGGCUGCAAUCAUAAUUCAGAUUUGUAAAAUGAAGGAGAUUGUUUGCUGUAAAUGUUUGAAUUAGUGGGUGUAAAUCUGAAAACACAUACUGGUAUCUCUUAAAUGUACCAGUUUCACCACUGCAGGUACUAAGUUGUCUUAGUUUAGUAAAUCGUCCACAAAACCGAUUUUGGGUUCACUUGUAACGUAAAGUUUCUUUUUUGGGAAUAGAUGGUAGUGACAGUGGUGUUUUAAUAGAACAAAUGCUUCUUUAACCCCUCACUGUGCAGCCAUGUUGUACCCAGAUGACCCCUCGGCCUUAUUUACACCAGGGUGCUAAUUACAUUGAUUGCAGGUGGGCCGGUUCUGUACGUCCACAACAGAGACACUGGCGUACCUUGGUUUGUAUACAGGAAGGUUCUACUGCAUAACAAAUAUUCAUAUUUCUCUAUCCAAGGUUUGAGUAAUUAUAUUCCCUAUAUAGUAUCUAUAUCAUUUAGGGGAAAUUGAUGGAAUUUCUUGAAGGAGUCAUGCACAUAUGCAUGCUCAUGAUUGUAUGCAUGCUCAUCCUGUUCUUGUACUACAAAGUGAACUGUAUGCCUGUGCAAUGGUAUUUCCAACUUGCUCAAAGUAGAAAUUUGAGGGCAAAUCUCCUUUGUUUUGGUGCACUUAUGAACAAGAUGGGUGACAAGUUAUAUCUAUUUCUGUUGAUCUGUAUUUGAAAGAGUCAAGAGUCAAAAGUAUUACCUCAGACCAGGCUCUUCAUCGAUUCUCCAGUGAAACAUAUCUCCCAUCUAUUAAAUGUAUACCCUGGGCCCUGUUGCAUAAAGCUAUCUUAGAGCUAAGGUCAUAGCUCCCAUACUUUAACAUAGGUUAAGAUAGUGCUAAGAUUGCUUUGUGCGACGGGGUCCUGGACCCAUUCACUACCAUACCCUUGUUUCUGAAGUGACGUCACAAGCUCCUUCGCUUGUGACUAACAUAGCACAGAAUUUCUCUUGCUCAUGAACUUGAAAUCAACAAGCUUUCAGAAUGACUCUUCUUAAUGUGGGUUCUGCAUAGAUUCAAAAUCACAUCCUCUUCCAAGUGAACUCUCAGUAAAUUUAAUUAUACCAGAAGACUAAUAAAUUAACUUUUAGUAGGAUAAGAUGUUUUCGUGAGUCUAAGGCAAGGAAAGGAAGUCCUUAGGCAACAAAACAAAUUGCAUCAUCUUUCCAAGCGAGCUCUCAGUAUAUUUAAUUAUAUCAGAAGACUAAUAAAGUAACAUUUGUAAGAUAAGAUAUUUUCGUCACUAUGAAACGAUCUGGUUGUAUUAGAGACAGUUUGCAAAAUAUGAGUUGAGUACUAUGGAUGUCACUGCUUAUUUCAGUCAUGAAAGAACAAUGUAAUUUGAUUGUAUGCCCAUUUUUAGGAUUCUGUCAUUUGAACGGGACUGGGAACAUAGGUAUCUUAGCAAACGGAUCCAGUAUAUUUAUCAUUGUAGAUUGGAGAUAGAAUAGACUUGAUAUCAAAUAUGGCACUUGUGUGCCUCUGUAUGUACUGCAUAAUAUCUCCCCGAGUGAAGGUGCUUACCCGUGUUGCAUUGAUACAUGUAAUGGUGAAGGGGGAAAGGGGGGAUCAUGUUAAAAGAUGCUGAUCUUAUUCUAUGCAUAAGUUCAUAUAAUAUUUUUAGUUGAGUUUAGGCCAAAUAUAUGUCAUUUUUCUACUACAAAGGCUGGUCUUAAUUGUUUAUUAAAUCAUCCUUUUUCUUCAAUAUGGGGAUAAAUUUGAUUAGUAUUUUCAAAGAAAAUGACCGAUUUGGCUCACAUUUAUAGUAUGACUAUAUUAUCGCGGUAUCGGUAAAUCUUGUAAAUUUACUCCCCCUUUCGACUGUUUACUUAUGCAAAUCUAAGCGCGAUAUUGCAUCACUUGAUCGAAUACAGGACUGGUUGCGAAAUAUAUUGGCUACUCAUAAGUAUACAGGGUAACUUUUUGUGAUAAUUUGCUGGAAUGUUUUUGAAGUGGAAUUACCCCUAACUCCAUCUGAAAUUGGUAAUACCCCCAUCACACCAAACUAGUUCUCAAUACGUUCGUCAAAAUGUUGUCUAACGGGCUCCAACUAAGUAUGAACGUAGUAGCAACUAUUGACAGUUUUUUUACGAACUUCAUGGACGGGCUCGCAGGGGGAGGGUGCUCUAGAACUUUGAGUCUGCUCAAAAUUUUAUCCCGUCCAUCCCGUUCUGCAAUUAGUCGGAUUGACAACGUACUUAAAAUGAGAAAGACCUAUUACAAACGGAAUUGCUGUACUUCGAACCUACUAGGGACGUGUUACGACGUUGUGCAGUCGGACAUAAAUUUCAGAAUGUGUGCACACCGACCGGGUCGACUUCUCUUUGGAGGCAUGAUGUCUACAGCUCGGAGCCCUGAACUUGAAUGAAGACUGGCUACAACGUGCUCGGUAUCCAUAGGAGUCGGGUCAGGGUGGGCCAGGAUGCGAAUACACACGCAUUUGGGACGAGAUGAGGACGUACUGCGAACGAGUUGGUCGGGUUAAGAAUUAGUUAGAACUGGCUUGGACGUAUUGUGAACGAGGUAGAACAUGGUUGAACUGGUUAAGAAUCAGUUGAGAAUGGACAUGCUCGAACUGCUUCGAAACGUUGUCAGGAUGAGGUGAACGGGCACUUUUACACGAUCAGAACUGGGUACAAACGGACUGCAGACUGGCUAAGAACGAGAUAAGAAUGAGAUAGACGCAUUGAGGACUGCUCAUGAACAAACUAGCAUCGUAUUUUAUGCCAAACUACUUGUUCUACCGUGAUCACAGACCGUUCUAGUAAUUGGUUUAGAACGGGAUAAAACUACUUUGGUGUGAUGGUAGCAUUAGAAAAGAAUCCAUUUGUUUGGAUGAUGCCUCUUGGUCAUAUGCAUAUUGAUUAUACAUCAUUAUUUUAACAUCAAGUGACGUAAAGCACAUAUUCCACAAGUAUCACACCACAAAAUAGUGAUACUGCGAUAAUACUGAGUUGUCAGUUAUUGAUUUGCUAAUGACAGAUACUUUGUUUACAAAACUUGGUAAAGAAAAUCAGCAUCGAUCAAUUCUUAUUAAUGUGUUAUUAAAGUUGAACAAAGAACAACAAACAUUUUGAAUAUGACAUAUCUAAUAGGUUAGUAAGCGCACGCCAUAACGAUCUAUUACAAAUGAACUACCGCGAUAAUAUAGCAUACUGUAUACUUCAAACUCACAAAACUAAAUCACCAAUAAAAUGAAACUGGUUUUUUUAGAGAUAAAUGGGCUGUGACAGUACUAUAUGAUUGUUAAAUCAAGUUCUAACAGUGCAUAUGCUGAAGUUACCAAAAUCUGUAUUACUUGGGUAUGAUUCCAAUAUGAAAGGCAGCUAUUGGUUAAACCAGCCAGGUCCUGCUAAGGUACUGAUGUCUGUACAAGUUGAUGUUGCAGUUAGUGAAUGAUUUACCAAUAAGGACAUUUCUGAUGAUGUUAGAAAAUAGUAUUUGCUCAGAAAGAUAUGUCAACUUUUCUUAUCAUUGCAAAACCAUUAUUUACACAUUCUUUUUGCUCUUUCCUUGACGCUCUUGAAGAAUUCACACACAGCAAAAGCACAUGUGAACACAUAUCACUUUUGAUACCAACUUUUAAUGCUAAUUUGACAAUACAUAAUUUUCUGUGAUCGCAAAUUGUUCAGUUUAGUAUUGUGAUUAUGGUUUUAAUGUUAUUUAACAUAAAAUAUAUUAGCUGGUUCAUUAUUCUAUGGCUAAAUAUCUUACACAAGAAAAUGUUCUUAUAAAAAGAGCACUUGUGUUAACCUGGUGUCUUGACUUUUUAGAUUUUUGUCAUUAUUUUAGCCACAGAAUACUCGCAUAGUACUAUUUCAGUGUCAUUUAAAUCUUUUACUGUGAUACGAUGUGACGUCUCCAUAGGAGUGGGUGAAUUUUUCAAUAGUGAACUUCUUGGUUCAAGCAAGUUAAGAUGCAGAGAUGUAUAUAUGAUCAUUAAAGAGAAGUUCCAAAAGGAAAGUAAUAAAGCCUAAAGGCUAUCAUAUUGUGGAUAUUUUAUACACUCGUCAUUUCUGAGCGCCAUGACAUCUACCCCUGAAAGGGUGUAGUAUUGAAGGUAUAUUUGUGAAGUAAGAUUGUACUGCAAAAAGAUGAAUCAUGUUACAAAUCUGACAUCUGAUUGGCUGAAGACCAAGAUUAGGUGGUCAAAGUGCGCUUAAGGUCACCUGACCUGACUUAGGGAUUGUCAAAUCGUGACACGGGGAUCAUCACAUGAUCAUAUCAGAGUGAAAGACUUGAUGAGAUUAGUGCUGUGUCUUUGUAAGUGUUGAUAGAAUUCAAACAUAUUUCUUGCUGAACGAGUUAAAUGUAAGGACUGAAAUGACUAUGGUCAACAUGUAUCCAGUAAUGCCCAAGGUUAUGUCCUGUAUUACAUAUUGUCAUGCUUCGUAUGCAGGAGACAAAAUAAUAACAGGACGAAUUUUAUAUACAUUUCCCCAAAACAACUCCCUGACAAACACUGUAAACAUAUAAAAAAUAUCAAAUUAUUAAGUUUUGUUUAAGCCUUUUUGAAAUCAAACUGGUUUUGUUGUAACCAAAACAGGUUGAUUUUCUCUCUUGAAGUAUAAAUUAAACAAUACAAUAAGAAAUAAGGAUUUUUCUUUGAGUAAUUUUGAUUCCUUUUGUGAGAGUUAGAACAGACUCGUCUAUUAAACCAGAAAAUAAAUCUGGCCUGGCCUUAAGUUGUUGACAAUAUUACAAUAUUUCAGGGCUAAAGUGGCUGAAUCCAUGCACUUUGAGGCAUAGGUUAAGCCAUCCUUAUUAUUGUGUAUUUGUUAUCUCCAUGCUCAGCUUUAGAUAGUAAGAUCGUUUGGAAGAAAAUAAACAAGAAGAAAAAAACAUCAGUUGUCUGAUGUUUAAGAUAUGUGCAAAAAUGAAUCACAAUUUGAUUAUUUCUUGUACUAUUUUCGAAAAGUAAAGGUUGAAGUAUCGGUAUUGAGAGCUUUUAUGACGAACAAAAACAGGGCCUUAAAUGAUGAAAAUAAGUGCAAUAGAGUUAAUUCCCUUUCUCAGAUAUCUUGACAAUACAAAAUGGCAUGGAGGUUUUAUUUUAUGAAACAGGAAACUCAUUAAUAUUUCAAGAUUGACAUAAGUAUUCCAGUGGGAGAAUGGGUAGAUGUGAAAAUGUCGAUGUAUAUUUUUGAGUGGGAUGGUAAUUUAGGACUGUCAGAUGACAAACACAAAAAGAUUAUAUAUUACUCAAAAGAAGUUAAGGACCAUGGCAUGACAGAUUAACUAUAGUAAUAUGAAAGAAUCGUGUGGUCCUUUAGCUUCUUUUGAGUAGGAUAGAUGGCCUUACUGUCCUUAAGUUUAAGAAACCUUAUUAAAGUGUUCGAAUGGUUGUGAUUUCUGUCCUUUGUGGAAUUAUCAUAGUUGUAAUAGUAAAAUAGUUGUGUGGUAGAGUGUACCAGGUGAUAUGAUACUAUUUUCCAAUCACUACUGUUUACACCAAUAACAUGGAAAGAUGUCAAAUGUUAAAUUUCAUCAGUGAUACAGUCAAACCAUUAGCAAACCUUUAUUAUGUACUGGUUGUUGGGUAAUGACUUCAAUAAUAACAAGUGAAAUAUAUAGUACUCCACUUUUGAUAGCCAUAUUUUUAUCUUUCCAAAAUACACAAAACUGAUUCUCAUGAUAUGUCAAGUGUAUAUUUAAAUAUAUCUGACAUCUGAUUGUCCCUAUCAAAUGUUGAGUAGAAUAUACAUUACUUGAUAAAUCAUUCAUAACAUGGUUUGAAAUUUAAGAUACCGUAUUCGACCCAAUAAGCGCCCAGGGCGCUUAAAAUAAAGACAGAAGGGGUGGGCGCUUAUUGGGACCAAUUCAGAGUCAAAUUGGCGUAAAUUCAUCAGUAAGCCUAUCGAUAUUCUUCUGUUGCUGGGGGGCUAGAGAUAAACUGUUACUUAUAUUUUAUUGGUGAACAUCUCCUCAUUAACCGACUACAAAAGAUUCUUGACCGUAUGUAAAAAAACAGGUGAGUAAAUCUUACUUGGGCAUCCGGCAAAAGGGAGGGGGGGUGGGGGUGCUUAUUGGGACAUGGGUGCUUAUUUGGUCGAUUACGGUAUAGUGAAUGAUUUUUUUCUCAGUGAGUCUAUAUAAAUCGAUACAUUCUAAGUAUUUCAAAAUAAUGUCUGUGUGGUUACCAGUAAUUUCUGAGUAUAGACUGUAUGUACAAAUGAGAGUAACAUGAAACUAUUGCCAACUUCUCGAUCCUAUUAUAUGACGUGUGUAUAUGCCUGUAAUUAAUGAUCUUUGUUGACAUCCGUGAUGAUCUUUGCCUGUGAUGUCAAACAAACUGGUUGUGAAACGCCCAUUGUUGUCUCCACAAUCUGCUUCCAGUAUAUAGUCAUAGUCAGUGGCAGCCAAAAUGGGGAACAAACUCCCAUCUUUCACUCUGUUUAUGAAAGAUUGAAGUUUUGUUUCCAAUUUCAAAUUUUGGCCACUACACCUGAGGCAAUAGUAAUUUGUACAGCUGUGGGUGUAUUGCUGUUAGAUAGUUUAGCUAAGGGGGUACUGUCAGACACUGACUGUCUUAUGUAUUUUAAAGAGGAUCUUUGAUGGGGUUUACAGUAUAAAACAUUAGCAUGCUUGAAGUGUAUAUACUACUCAAAAGGUGUUAGAGAUCACCCAAUUCUUUCAUAUUUCCGUUAAUCUGUCAUGCAAAAAAAGGCAGAUUAAGUAUAGUAAUAUGAAAAAACUUCUUUUGAGCUGCUUUGGUUUAGCGAUAUAUGAAGAGCUGUAUUACAGAUGAAUUGUCCUUAAAGGGGCCUAGGCCCUUGUUUAUUGGCAGUCCCUGCCACAUUGAUUAUUGAUCAAAUUAAUUAUGUCUCAGUUUUUCACAUGAUAGCAUCCAGACCUGAACUGGAAAUAGGAGGGGGCACAGGUACCCUGUCGUCUAAGGUGAUGCAUUUUUCUUUGCACAUUUGCAUUCCUUAGGCGUACCAGGAAGCCACGGUUGUGGAUUCGCGUCCCAGAUACUCCCUCAUUUUGUUUCUAGGUUUGUCAACACCAUACCCGUGCUUGGGGGUUUCACCAAAGUGGUAAACAUACAAGACCUGCAUCACCUCGGCUUUCCUGCCACAUUAAGCUGAUAGGUUAAGCAGCGUGAAUCCAAACUUUCACUUCAUAGACUCCCUAAACAUGGCUCUACAGGGCAAUCAAAGCACCAUGACUGUUGUCAGUCAAUUUAAACAGAUUUUAGAUAUGAUGACACUCAUCAGGCUACAUCUCAUGACCUUGGGAGAUGCUGCUGCAGCUCCUGUUCUGCCCCUCUGUGAGCUGAUGUAUUCUCCUAAAGCUCAAUUCCUGAUGGAUUCCUAAGUGAAGGAAGCCAAAUUCAGCUGCAGAGUUUACCAAAUUCUGCAAGCCAGUGUCUUGUACUUUCUUUUAAGACAGAAGCUAUUUAUUGUGGCAAAUUAAUAUGUGCCAGUGUUUCAGAAAUUUAACAAAUGAUAAGCUCUCAGUUUAUCACUGAAAAGUGUCAUCUUUCUUUUUGUGCUUACAAUAAACGUUUUUAAAAUCUAUGCAUCCAAACGAAUACAGAAAGUAUCAAACAUUGUUAUUGUGUAUAGUUUCUCAGAGACAUUUGUAUAUAUAUUCCAAAGAUGUCUGUAGGUUAAUAUUGUUAUGCGAGUAUAAGUUGUCUAAUUGAUCUGUCAAGAAAAAGCUAUAUUUUGGGCACAAAAAUGUAAGAAGCAUUCUGUAAUUUUCCUUGCAGUCAUGAAGUUUCCAAAUCUUGUGACUGUUACCACAGUGGAAGAGACUUGUCGUGCGGGGAUGACUGUUUGGUGUGGGUUCAAAGUAGUAUGUUUUGCAAUGAUACCACAUAGAGAUGUAUUUUGUUGUGCGAAUACAAGAUAUGUAUGAAUCAGUGCAUUGCCAAAGCUAGUGACAUUAAGAAUUUCAGGAUAAGAAAUGUUGAUACUUGGGUUGCAUAGGGCAUGUGGUAUGCUGUCCCCCUUUGAAUCAAACCAGUGAAAAAUGUAGACCCUCUCACAAUUAUGUGUUCAUAUAGAUCAUUUAUUAACAUAUACAUAUUAUAAGUAUCUUAUUCGACGUAAUAACCUCCCAGGGCGCUCUUGAAAUUAGAAAUAGGGGGCUCUUAUUAGAAUACUAUUUUGAUGAAAAAAACAGAGUUGAAAGAUAAAUUUCAUGGUUUAUGCUGACAGCCUGAAAUGUUUAUGUAAGACAGAUAUAUUUUUCUAGAAUUUAAUUGCCCAUAAUUAAGGGUGCAUAUAACAGACGAGUGCAUAUUGUAUGCGAAUAAAUCUUGUCUUGUGAACAUUGAUCAAUCGGAAGGGGUGCUAAUUGGGAUUGUUCAUUGGCCAAUAUACAUGUAUUAGCAAAUGGCGCCAUGGGCGCUUAUUAGAGCGGGGCGCUUAUUACGUUGAAUACGGUGGUCAUUUUGGUGCAUAUGUAAUAAAUAAUACACAUAUCCCUAUCAGAAAUUGAGUAGUGUAUAUCUGUUGUGAGAUCUUGCAUGCUAUUAGCAUCAUAUAGACAUCAUCAGUUUGGUGUGUCAAGCAAUAUUGGAAUAUCCCUAUCAACAUGUUCAAAGCUAUGUUUCAUAUCUAUGGGUAAGGAAUGUUUUUGUUGACAGUAUCCCUUAUUAGCAAUGUUGCAUCUAUGCAGACUCUAUGUAUCCUGGUCUCAAGGGUGUGAGGUUUGUCUGACUUCUUGUAGACCUGUGGUAGCUAAAAGUGCACCAGAACUUUGUAGCAAAUUAGCAUAUGUACAUGUACAGAAUUAUUCCAGAUCUCUCAGAUUGUUGUUAUCGUUAGUGUCCUGUUACACAUCUGAUAAGAAACCUAUGUGAAAUUGAGAGUGAACAUGAUGAUAAUAUUGAUUUUUCGGGUUAUGUCAUUGUAGCUACAUGAAAUAUAUCAUUUUUGUCUGUGAAUUAUGGAAAGUUAUUUCGAAAAUCAACAACCAUAUGCCAUCAGAAUGACAAGCCAUUACUGAGAUAGGGCAGUUAGGUCACAAUAAAUUAAUUAUUGGUAAGUAGAUUAGUUCCUGUAACUCAUUUCUCAUAAACUACCGGUUGAAGGUGGAUUUGAUUCACAUGUAGCUUGUCAGGAUAUUGCAUAUAGUGCAUUUCAUAAAGUAAAGAAGGUGACACUAGUAUAGAGUUUCUUUGUAGGUACGAUGAGGACAAUAAGAUGACCAUCCUCAUUUGUCCAGUGUAGUGUGUAUCCAUUCCAUUAUUCUUUGGACUCACAUGCUAUGGAACUCAAUUUUGGAAGUGACGUGACCACCUUCUCCCCUUUCUCUAUCAGACUCAAAACAAAGCUAUGGUGAUGAAUGUGUCAAGGCUAUUUAUUGUAAUAGAAUGGAAAUAUAAUACCUUGGAUAACUAAGGAUGAAAUUCUAAUAAUUAAUUUAUCAUGGCCUAGCAGAACUAGUGUGGAUAGUUGAUAGGUUAUUGCAAACAUACAUAUGGCAAUCUGACAUACAGUACCCUGUGAUAUAUUAUAUAUACCACAGUACAUGAUGUGGCAUGUAUGUCCAGAUGUAUUAGGAAUUAUAGGGCCAAAUCCUACAUAUUCCAUCCAGAGCGGUAUUUUGAUGUGAUGUUACACAGAGCUGGAGGGAGGGACUGUCCAUCUACUAUUGUACAGGUGUUGUUAUCUGUCCUGUUUGUUUGCCUGCCUGCUAAAUGCUGUAUGACAGAAACAAAUAAAAUAUGUGUUCCAUCUAA